AUGGAACCCAGUGGCAUGCGCAUCCCUGAAGAUGCGUCGUUGCGGUACGAGUAUAUCUCGCCAAUUGCCUACUCCAAGUCAUCAAGAUGCGGCUACUGUGGAAAGCGUGGCAACAGUCAGUCAAAACGCUACUCUUACUACGCCUCUGCAUCAUCAAUGAGCCCCGGGUUCUACCAGACGCUUCUUGGUAGGUGCUGGAGGCGUUCUGGUACGCUCAUGUAUCGACCUGAUCAGCGUCGAUCAUGCUGUCCCCAUUACACCAUCCGCCUCGACUCUAGCCAGUUCAAGCCAUCCAGGGACCAGCGACAGACCAUCAACCGCUUCAACAGGUACGUCAUGGGCGAGACCUAUACGAAAGAGGUUGCUCGUCUUCACCCAAAGUCGCGUGACCAGGCAAAGAAGCGAGAUAAUCACUUUGACCUCAUCGAGCGGGUUCACGAAGCCGAGGAUGCUCAGCUGCUCAAACCCCCUGAGGCUGCGCACAAGCUUGUCGUGACUCUGGAGACAGAUGAUUUCACGGAAGAAAAGUUUGAGGUCUACGAGAACUACCAGAGAGUGGUGCACAAGGAGGGGCCGAGCAAAAUAACUGCAGGCGGGUUCAAACGCUUCUUGUGCAGCUCACCCCUGAGACGAGAGACGAUGGUGGAUUCGAAUGGCAAAGAGCGCCACCUGGGGUCUUAUCAUCAGUGCUAUAGGUUGGACGGCAAGCUCGUGGCGAUCGGUGUGCUUGAUCUCUUGCCCGAGUGUGUAAGCUCGGUCUACUUCCUCUACCAUGAGAGCAUUCACAAGUGGGCGCCGGGCAAACUCGGUGCGCUCUACGAGAUUGCUCUGUCCAUCGAGGAGGGUUAUGGAUGGUGGUACCCAGGCUUCUACAUUCACAGCUGCCCCAAGAUGCGGUACAAGAUUGACUAUUCACCGCAGUUUAUUCUUGAUCCGAACUCACUUGCCUGGGAUCCUCUGGAUCGAAAGAUGUUGGAUCUCUUGGACAAGAAGCCGUUUGUCAGCCUGUCCCUGGAGAAACAGAGGGAGUCUAAUGGUAAUGGUGAUGGUCCAUCGAGCACUGAUGAGGAUGUGGAGAUGAGCAACAAGUCCGAUGCCGAAUCAGAGGACUCGAAAUCUGGAGAUGAUGAAGAUGACUGGCUUUUUAAAACCAACAUGCCAGGUAUUCCUCCUCUCUCUUCGGUGGCCGACUGGGAUCUGGACAACAUCGCGUUGAAGAUCAAGCCUGAUGGACCGUUGUACAAGACAUCAAAUCUUGUUAUUUGGGAUAAACGGGGCGUGGAGGAUUAUCCAGGAUUGAAGGCUGGAGUUGCAGAGCUUGUUGCGGCCAUUGGGCCAGAUCUGAUAGACCGAAUUUGUUUGGAUUUCACGCCACGAGGAGGAUAG